AUGGCCCCUCCAACACCCUCCUCGCACCGCCCCCGCAAAAAGAGAAAGGUCGCAAUCUCUCCCGGCUCCAACAAUAACCUGAUCUUGGACUUGGGCGAGGGGAAACAAUCUCCAGCAUUUCCGCUAGUCUCAUUCCUGUGGGCUGCUCGAGCCGGUGUGUCCCAAUGGCUGAUCCUCCCUAUCGUCCUCAUGGCCGUUGGCCUCUUCCGAUGGGCUGUGAGCUUGUGGGGUUACUCUGGGUUCCAGGUUCCCCCAAUGCAUGGUGAUUUUGAAGCGCAACGGCAUUGGAUGGAAAUUACCACGCAUUUGCCAUUGGCGAAGUGGUACACCUACGAUCUUCAAUAUUGGGGCCUCGAUUAUCCGCCAUUGACCGCAUAUCACAGCUGGCUGCUUGGAAAGAUCGGCUCCGCUUUCAAUCCGAGCUGGUUCGCCCUAGACGCCUCCCGAGGCUUUGAGGAUCCCCAUUUGAAAGUAUACAUGCGCGCCACUGUCGUUGUAUCUGAAUACUUGGUGUUCAUCCCGGCAGUGGUCACUUUCCUUCGCCGCUAUACGCGGAUCCAGGGCGUUCAUGCUUGGUCCGCCUCGAUUGCUCUUGUGGCGGUCCUUCUUCAGCCAGCGAACAUUCUCAUCGAUCAUGGCCAUUUCCAAUAUAAUACCGUGAUGCUUGGCUUGGUCGUUGCAAGCUUGGAUGCUAUCCUGGCAGGACGUAUGCUUUGGGCUUGCAUUUUCUUCGUUGGUGCGCUGGGAUUCAAACAAAUGGCGUUGUAUUAUGCGCCAGUCAUGUUCGCAUAUCUUCUCGGCGUCUGCACCUUCCCUCGGAUCAAUAUUCCCCGUCUUGUCAGCAUUGCGCUCGUCACAUUAGCCACUUUUGCUCUGCUGUUGGCACCUUUCAUGGUUGGUGCAUCCAACGCAGAUGCUCGGAAGGCAUUCUUAUCUUCUCCGGUGCCACCCCUGUUGCAGGCACUUCCCAUGCCCGUGGACAAUGAUUCUGUUCUGUAUGGGCUGUCAUUCCAACUAAUGCAGAUUAUCCACCGAGUGUUCCCCUUCGCGCGUGGGCUCUUUGAAGAUAAAGUUGCCAACGCUUGGUGUGCCAUUCACACGUUCUACAAGCUCACUCGCUUCGAUGCCACACUCUUACAGCGAGCAUCUCUUGGUGCCACAUUGGCGUCGAUUAUCGUCCCUUGUGCUAUCAUCUUCCGCCAUCCUCGAGCUUCGCUGCUCCUUCCCGCUCUAUCUGCCGUGUCUUGGGGAUUCUUCUUGUUCUCCUUCCAGGUACAUGAGAAGAGUGUCCUGUUGCCUCUGCUGCCAAUGACCCUUUUGCUUGCUGGCGACGGUGGACUGAGCAAGGAGACCCGCUCCUGGGUGGGCUGGGCCAAUAUACUUGGCUCCUGGACCAUGUACCCCCUUCUCAAGCGCGAUGAACUUCGUGUUCCUUACAUGGUUAUGACUUUGCUUUGGGCUUAUCUUCUUGGUUUGCCUCCUACCUCUUUUGAGACCUACCGAAGCCGGUCAUCCGCGGAAGAUGCCAAUGCCCAUUUCGAGCCCAACAUUUUCACCACUCUCCUGCACUUUGCAUUCUAUUUUGUCAUGAUUGCCUGGCAUGUCCUUGAAGCAUAUGUGGCUCCACCGCCCGGCAAACCCGAUCUCUGGGUAGUCUUGAAUGCUCUGAUCGGAGCUGGUGGAUUCGGAAUUGCGUAUUUGUGGUGUAUGUGGAAGCUGGUUACCCAAUGUCGCCAAAUCAAUCGGCAGGCGACCGAGGAGGAAAGCCAGAAAAAGAAGCAGUGA